UUCCAAAUGCAAAGGGGACUCAAGGGGUAUCACAUCGCCUCGCCAACGUUAGUCGAGAUUCGGUUGUCAUGAUGUGCUGAAGAUAGUUUUCAAUUCGUUGUCGUUAAAAUCAUUAAUUAAAUAAAAUGUCGCGACGUAGCAGUAGCAGUUCCGAAUCCAUUCCCGAUGUUAUUGCAUUCAGUAGUGACUCGUCUUCGACAGAAAGGCCAAACAUUGAUAGAAGUUCAACUGUGGAAAAGUCCAUGACGGCAAAUGUAAAAAAUGAUCAGAUUGAAAUGCCGUUGCGCGGAUACUCGAAAUGGGCGCCAUCAGACGGAUGCACGCUUGUGUGGCGAGAUGUCAGUGUUUAUGCAAAUUUGGACCGAUCGACCAAUAAUUGCCGCCUGAAGAGGAUAAUUAACAACUCUAGUGGGGCUAUUCAGCCGGGAACGUUGAUGGCAUUAAUGGGAUCAAGUGGUUCUGGUAAGAGCACAUUGAUGUCAGCACUGUCAUUUCGCAAUCCUGCUGGCGUAACCGUUCAAGGUGACAUAUUAUUAAAUGGUAGAAAGAUUGGACCAUUUAUGAAUGACAUUAGUGGAUUUGUGUACCAGGACGACCUCUUCAUUGGUAGUCUGACCGUUAUGGAGCAUCUAUCGUUCAUGGCCAACCUACGCUUGGAUCGUCGCAUAUCGAAGCUUCAGAAAUGUAAGCUCAUAAAAGAUCUGCUGGAAAAAACGGGCCUAACGGCUUGUUCCAACUACAGAAUCGGGAGCGACGACAUCGGAAUGAAAGUAUUGUCGGGUGGCGAGAAAAAACGCUUAGCAUUCGCUUCUGAAUUGUUAAUCAAUCCGGCUAUUUUAUUCUGUGAUGAACCAACCACUGGUUUGGAUUCGUACAGUGCUCAACAAUUAGUAGGAACAUUAUUGUCUUUGGCUGGUACUGGUACAACAAUAAUGUGUACGAUACAUCAGCCGUCUAGUCAGCUAUUCUCUAUGUUUCAUCAGGUGACGUUGUUGGCUGAUGGCCGCAUAGCUUUCAUCGGAACGCCUAAUCAAGCUUUAGAUUUUUUUGCUGGGAAUGGUUACAUCUGCCCUGAAACAUACAAUCCAGCUGAUUUUCUAAUUGGUACAUUAGCUAUCGCACCCGGGUCAGAGAACGCAUCACAAAAAUCAGUUAAUCGAAUAUGUGAUCAGUAUGCAGUUAGUGAAUUUGCUGGACGAAUCAACGUUUUGACUAAUUUUGAAAUGCACAUUAUGGAAUGUGAAGAGUUCCAUGACACAAAUUAUAAUAACUACCAGCUACGUAGACCAUAUUGGCCAAAGACCUUAUUCUGGCUUUGCUACCGUAACUUUCUGACUAUCAUAAGAGAUCCAACGAUACAAACAUUACGAAUUAUACAGAAAAUUGUUAUUGCACUGAUGGCUGGCCUAUGUUUUUUCGGAUCGGCUGAGCUAACCCAAAGAGGAAUACAAUCUGUCCAAGGAGCCGUCUUUAUUAUGAUAACGGAAAAUACCUUUGGUCCAAUGUACUCGGUGUUGGCCAUAUUUCCUCAGGGUUUCCCCUUGUUUUUGCGUGAGAAACGUUCAGGACUCUACAAUACGGUUUUGUAUUAUUUGGCUAAUGUCAUUGCACUUAUUCCUGGACUAAUUUUUGAGCCGAUGAUAUUCGUUGUCAUAGCUUACUUCUUAGCCGGAUUACGUGAAUCGCUGAACGCUUUUCUAAUAACAAUGUUGGCAUCUAUAUUGGUCAUUAAUGUCGCUACUUCAUGUGGACUAUUAUUUUCAACCGCUUUCGACUCGGUAGCAUUAGCUAUGGCCUACAUAGUACCAUUCGAUUAUAUUUUGAUGAUGACGUCGGGGGCAUUCAUUAACCUAAGCUCGGUAUCGAAAUAUUGGUCGUGGAUGCAAUAUCUGUCUUGGCUCAUGUAUGCCAACGAAGCGAUAUCGAUCGUUCAGUGGGAAUCGAUACAAAAUAUCACUUGCUUUACCGACAUUCAGGAUGACGAUUUACCGUGUCUUCGUACUGGCGAAGAGGUUUUACAGCAUUACAGUUUCGUGCCCAGUAAUUUGCAGCGCAAUUUGUGGUGUUUAGUCAUUUUAUAUGUUUCAUUCAACGGUUUAGCUUUAUUCUUUUUGUGGAAACGGGCGAGAAAGAUGCGAUAGGAUUGUGUGUAAAUAUUGUAUUUGGAAAUGGGUUCAUCUAUUUAAUCAACUGUUUUUGUAUGACUUCUUUUUAAAUAUAUUUUAAUUGGGGUGAUUUUAGCUAGAGUGCAAUACCUCUCAAAAUUGCGAAAGUCUCUAACGAGUCCGCCUUAACUGACCCCGAAACAUAAAACAGAGAGUAAAUAUAACACACUCGAAUCUCUCAAACUCGAAUCAAUCGUGGCUAUAACAAAACAGAAUAAUUAAUGACAAAAAGACAGACUAUGUGAACAUAUCGGACAUUACAUUGUAUACUGAAAUUGGAUAAAGUGCGGCUUGGAUAAAGAAUAUUUUAAGAUAAUUUCAAGUGGUUGAAUCUUGAUUGAAACGUUAUUAUCCAAAAUUUUGUUUUCGUUGUGAAUUGAAAUUAAAAUUG